CAGUGCGAUUGAAAUUUAGGGGAAUCCCCGAGCGAUGAGAUUCAGAUCCGGGUCAAGUGCGCAUACCAUUCAAUGUAUAUUUCACAAGUUCAACAUUGCGCAGUACGUAUAUACAGGAGAAUAUAACUCAAGGUUGUUUAUGUGUGUUCUCGUUGAAAAAAAGGCCUAUUCAACAGCAUAUUUGAUUUCGAUUCACUGAUCUUUCAUUGUUGAUACAUUAUCUGUUUACCCGGUCGGACAUACUGAAGAGUAUUGACGGAGUGAUCUCUCAUAAGUUAUUAUUGAGGUUUAUAGGUAUUUCACUGUGAAGUUCGUAUCUGGAUUGUGCAAUCACAAACAGGGAAUUCCCUGAUUCAUAGUAAAAACAGUGUUUCUAUCUGAACACCUGAAUAUAUAGUAGAAGUUGUUACAGCGUGUAUAUACAUCAUGGCGGAACGCAAACAGGGUUCUAGUGAUAGCUAUACGAAGGGACUGACGUGUCCACUGUGCCUUGAUAUCUUCAAAGACGCCACGCUCCUAACCGGUUGUGGUCACAGCUUUUGUCGAAGAUGUCUGAAAAGAUACGACAUGGCCAACUAUCAACUCAAUCACAUUGUGUGUCCGGUCUGUAGGAAGCUCACACCUUGGAAGAGGAAGCGAGUGGAUGCACUCUUGUCCAACCACGCCCUUAAUGAUUUCAUAUACGGCCUCUACGGAAAAUCUGGAGGGCCGUCGCGACGACCUCAGCAGCGGACUGUCAAAUGCGAUACUUGCGAGCUUGAGGUACUGGCGAAGUAUCUCUGCAGAAAUUGUGAGAAGUUCAUGUGUAAGCAAUGCUUGGAGAGCCAUCAGAAGAAGUCCGGGUAUAUGGACCACGAGAUACAACUGUUGAACGAGCUCCUCAAGAAUAUCAACUUUGUUAAUCCUUCGGUGGAUGAUAUCGAGGAAGACAUGCGGCUGAAGGUGGGUGACAUCAUGCAGCAGUUCAGGGCCACGAUGGCCAAAAUUAAGGAAAACCCGAACGGGAUUAAGAACAUCGAAGAGCAUCGUGCUCGUGUCCACGCGGCCCUGGAUAAGGUCCAGGAGGAGACUAAACAAGCCUAUGAUGCCAAAGAAAAGCAGAUAAAUGAGAAUCAGGAGAGUCUGACCAAGUUACUCAAAGCUAUUGAAGAUGUUGAACUUGCUUGCGAGGAACGUGACUCAGGGGCGGCGGAGCGAACUUAAAAGUGGGGGGCACAGGGAAAAAGGGCACCUUUUCUUUCGAAAAAGACACUUGAAACAAAGAAAAAAUGAAUUAUCUACAGUGGUGUAAUGAGCUAAAAAAAAUUAGGGGGCUAGAUAUGUCGUAUCACGUAAAUUUAUGAGAGGUUGCGAGCGAGCGAGCAAAAAUGUUGACAUUUUAAUAACGAAAAUCCAAUUUUGUGAUCGAUUUUGACAACUAAUAUUCAGAAAAUAAUAUCAUAUUUCACCCAUUUCUCUUUCCUAUUCUCUUUUUUUUUGUCCUGGUCGUGAAAAAUUUGGAGAGGGGCAAGAGCCUCCCAAGACCCCCCCCCCGUAUGUACGCCAAUGUUUAUCUACCCCACUCACAUGACUCAUGAAACUUUAAUAAGGCACGUAGGAUUUUCCUUACAAGUUUUUUUUCCUUCAUAAGUAGUAAAAUAUAAAAAUUAGAAUAUUGUUUUCUUGUUUCAAAGGGGCACUCGUUAAAAAUGGGCCCUUGUCAGGUGAAAAUAUGAGAAAGGGCACCUAUAAGAAGACAAGGGGCACUUGCAAACGGCAUAAAACGGGUCCUUCUCAAGUACAAAAGGGGUGCAGAACACGUUCGUGAGGGGCACUUUUCUUGGUUAAAAAGGGGCACUGAUACGAGAAAGGGCACUUACAAGAAGGCAAGGUGCACUUGCUCAAACAUAAAACGGGUCCUUUUUAGGUAAAGGGGUAAUUUCUUGGGUAAAAAGGGGCACUGAUUCGAGAAAGGGCACUAACGAGAAAAAUUUGGCACUUUCUCUCACUUUCUCGGGUAAAAGCGGAAGAAAUUACGUUCCUGAGGGGGCAUUUUGGGGUAAAAAUUUGCAGAUACGAGAAAUGGCACUUGCUAACAUAUAAAUCUGGUCCUUCUCAGGUGAAAGGGGCACAGUACACGUUUAUGAGGGGACAUUUUUCUUGUGUAAAAAGGCACUUUUUCAGUGCUUCAAAAAGUUGGGGGAAUGUGCCCUCGCCCCCCCCCCCCCCCCCAGGAUCGCCGCCCCUGAGGUCGUGACUGACUUGAACAUCGUACCGAUUUCUCUGUUGAAAGCUACUGAAAUGUUUAAAUGUGAUUGGUUGAUACCAGUUAUUUUCAUUGUUUAUAACACAACAUUCUGAUGACAAAUCUUAUGAACCGAGACUCAGUCCAGUGCAUACAGCAAGAUAAUUGACAUUUGAUUGGAAAUGGUCAGGUGACUAUCUCCAAUAUUACAUAAUAACACAACCCCCGAAUUUGAGAAACAUUUUUUUUCCUUAUAUGUUUCGGAUCAUUUUUAAUUAUGACUCAACCUAUCAAAUGACAAGAAAGAAUCUCGCAGAAUAUAUUUGAGUGCUCGUCAACAAUUCAUCUUAAAGGAUUAACUGACAUUUUAAAAAUUUAAAUAAGUACUCUAAUAGUAAAAAAAAAGAAAGAAAAGAAUUUAAUGUUUGCAUUGUCCAUAUAGACUUACAAUAAUAGGAAUACGAGUCCCUUAAAGUAAAAUUAAUAACGGGGAGCAGGCACUCUUUGCAUUUUCUUCCUAGCAUAGUAGUAAAUUUGGAUAUAAAUGAAUAUUCAAAUUUGUUGGCCCUUGUGCAUGAGCAAAAGGUUUAAUACUUUACGGCGAAGGCUAGUUAAUUAAUGUACAUUUGAUAUAGACAGCUCGCUCGCAGCUUUAAAACCUUUUAAAAAUAAAUUUGCCCUCUACGUCAUAUCUGCCCCCCUUAAUUUUUUUUUACUCAUUAGUAUUGUCCCCUUCCUAAACUUAAAAAAAAUCCCUUACAGAGAAAAGAGUUUGUGUUAGCCCCCCCCCCGAAAAAACACCGAUUAACACGCAUGGAUAUAGACUUGAAUUACUUGUAAAAAUACAAAAAUAACUUGUAUAUUCAUCUGUUCUGUAACGUUAUAUGUAAUGCCAAUACUUGAUUGUUUCAAGAUUGAAGAUUGUAAAGAUUUACAACUAAGUACUUUAAAAAAAAUUUAAUUACAGCACUAAUGUAUAUAAACUGCAUGCUAUGCUUGAUAGAAUUAGCAUAUGAAAUAGAAUGUAGAUAUGGCUGCUGAGAAAGUUUACAAGUUAGUAUUUAAUGAUUAUGGUGAUCAAUGUGCCUGUCUCACCAAGAGUUCUGGCGUAUCAAAUCAAACUCAAAUGCUGGGAUGGAUCACAAAUAAUUGUUUAGUGAACACUAAUACCUUGGUCACAUUUGCUCUACGGCGGCCGUACGGCGAGUCGAAAACAGCCGUUUUAUUCAUUUUUAUUCAAACCACCUAUAUUUAGCUGGUACAAAAAAUGUUAUAACGACUGUUUUCGACUCGCCGCGCCGUACGGCCGCCGUAGAACAAAUGUGACCGAUGUAUUAGGAAUGGAUAAAAUUGUCAAUUUGAAUUUGUUUUAAUCUAUCGUAACUGUCUGUAAGAUGAUGCCCUAUAGGGCCCGUUGUAUAUAGGAAGAUGUAUAACGUAAGUAAAAAAAUUCAAGAGCAGGUAGUUUAUGCGUGCAUUUAAUAAUUGGUUGAAAAUUGAUUUGCAAGUGAUAUUGGGAGUUGCAUUUGAUCGUAACGGUGACUGGCCAAUGGUGAUAUAAAAAAGAUUGGCAUUCUUAGACAUUUGUAUUUUAUUUGUUUGCGCUUCAACUCUAUAUGGCCCUUAUUCUAAAGUCGGGUUUAACUUAGACCGUGGUCUAACUCUGUGCUAAAAUUAUGGGAAGGCAAACGUUUCAAAAAAAUUUUUACAGUGAAUGCUUCUCAUGUUUACUGUGUUCUUUACUAAUUAUUUAAUGGUGAAGACAACUGUCAUACUUAUCCUUUCCAGGCAGUUAAUAAUGUUUUGGGAGUCAAAUGAGCUGAUACAUUGAACCUCUAGUCUUAUAGAUUUAUGUAACAAAUGGCUUUCCAUAGUUAAACCACAACUUUAAACCUGGGUUUAAGUAAAACCCGACUUUAGAAUACGGGCAUAUAUAUUUAUGUUCCUAACAAAUAGCCUUAUUCAAGAUAUAUCAAUAAGAGCUUUCAAUAACUAAAGUGAGUCACCAGGCUUGCCUUGCGAUUAAAAAAAGAUAUGUAUAUGAUAUCGUAAUUAUUUCUAUUUAGUAAUACAAAUUUGCUCCAUUCUAAAUGCAAAAUACAUUGCAGAAAUAUGAAUGUAGAUUUUGAUCAAACCAUUUCUAAAAUGAUUCAGAAUAAUAUAGUUGUUUUUCUAAACACUCCAUGUAAAUAUACAAUUAAACAAACAUCAAAUUCACAUUUACAUAAAAAUACACUUCACUUUUCUUUGGUUUCAACGUUUUCAUUUCUUUCGUGUGUUGUUUUGUAUUAGAUCAAUAAACUUUAUUAUUUGUUGCAUCAUGAGAUUAUCGUCUGUAUUUUGACCCAUGUGUUUGAAUAUGUAUUCAGAAAAUGUGUGUCCAUCAUAAACUCUAUUUCAUUAUGCUUUUUACAGGGCAAGUCCACCCCAACAGCUAUCGGAAUAAAAAUAGAACAAAUUGAUCAAGCUCAAUAUAAUAUCUUCCAAUUCGGAUGUAAUAAGAAAGUUAUGACAUUUUGCCUAAUUUGCAUAACUCUGGCGGUAAUAGGAAAUGAGAGAACAGUUGGCGCAAACGCUUAAUAUUCCUUUUGUAUUCUAUGGUAUGAAAUAGUUUAGUUUUUCUUUAUUCGAUGUAAAAUAUGGUUUUGACCGCUCUGUGAAUAGGCGAACUUACCAUUAUACUUCAACUAGUUAUCAGUCAAUCGAGAUGUACAAAAUAUAAAAAAAUGAAAUUCAUUAUAAAUGAAAUGAAAAAGCGAGCGUGUGGUCUCAUUUAUAUACUCUCUCUCGUUUGCACAUAUGUUGCGCUUUAAACCAUUUUGUAUGAUAAUAAUCCUUUAAAUGUCAGAACUUUCUUUUAUAUUUUCAUGAGAUUUAAUUAUUUUUAGUGGAACGCUUUUAUUUGAUUUUAUCUGUGUAUCAAUAUGAUCUUGUUGUCGGGUGGUCUUUGUAUUUAAUGUCUAUAUAUAUAUAUGCAUAUAUACUCAUUUUGAAAAACUUGUUGUUCGUUAUCUUUACAGUUUUAUUAUAAAACUUUGGUGAUUGUAUGCCUUUUAUCAUCUUAUGAAUAUUUCAAUUCAUUUGGUAUCUUGAUUUUUGUUUUUAAAUUAAUGAUAGUAAUAAUCCACUGUAUAUAGUGUUUGAUAAAGUUGAUACUUGUAUAAUAAUAACUGAGCCUAAUACGUUUGAUUUGAAUUAAAUUAUAUUUUGGUAUGAUAAUAAAUUAUUGAUCAUGUUCAAACGAUAGAAUUUGUAUAUAGUUAUAGUAAGUUGACGGGUUCAUCAUAUUAUAAUUAUGAUAAUAAUUACUAUCAUUAUUAUCUAUUAUUAUACUUUGUGUUGUUAUUAUCGUUUUCAUUAUCUAUUUUGCACUCACGGAGAUUUAAUAUUACAUAAUUACUCAAGAAAAUAACUAUGAACAUGUAAAAAUUAGUGAUACAUAAUAAAGGGUUUCCUUUUUUUCUCUU